UUUUCACAUAGCAUCAUGCGAGAUAUCACACAAUUUUCUACGCCAGCAUCGUUUUCCAACGUGGAGACGACGGGUUAUGUUGGCUUUGCAAAUCUGCCGAAUCAGGUGCACCGGAAGUCGGUCAAAAAAGGCUUCGAGUUCACACUGAUGGUGGUAGGAGAGUCCGGAUUGGGCAAAUCUACUCUGGUCAACAGUUUGUUCCUCAGUGAUCUCUAUCCGGAACGAGUUGUACCGGAUGCGGUAGAAAAGCAGCAUCAGACGGUUAAGCUCGAUGCUUCGACGGUUGAAAUCGAAGAACGAGGUGUGAAGCUGAGGCUGACAGUGGUGGACACGCCCGGAUUUGGCGAUGCCAUCGAUAACAGUGACAGUUUCAGUGCCAUUCUGGAGUACAUCGAUGAACAGUAUGAGCGUUUCCUGCGGGAUGAAAGUGGUUUGAACCGAAGGAAUAUUGUGGACAACAGGAUACACUGCUGUUUCUAUUUCAUAUCGCCUUUUGGCCAUGGUUUAAAACCACUGGACAUCGAGUUCAUGAAGAAGUUGCACUGCAAGGUUAACAUCGUGCCGGUCAUUGCCAAAGCCGACGUGCUAACAAAGAAGGAAAUCCAGCGCCUAAAGUGCCGCAUCCUUCAGGAGAUCGAAGACAACGGGAUCAAAAUCUAUCCACUGCCAGAUUGUGAUAGCGACGAGGACGAAGACUACAAGGAACAGGUCCGGCAGCUGAAGGAAGCCGUUCCAUUUGCCGUUUGCGGAUCCACCACGAUGCUCGAAGUUAAGGGCCGAAAAGUUCGUGGACGACUGUACCCCUGGGGUGUGGUCGAGGUUGAAAAUCCGGAACACUGCGACUUCAUCAAACUGCGAACGAUGUUGAUCACCCACAUGCAAGAUCUGCAGGAAGUAACGCAGGAGGUGCACUACGAAAACUACCGUUCGGAGCGGCUGGCCAAAUCGGUGCGUAAAAACACCAACACUGUCAUCAAGGAUGUCGAAAACGGUGGCGUAGAAGUGCUUUCGGAAAAAGACCGGAUUUUGCGCGAAAAAGAGGAAGAAAUUCUGCGAAUGCAGGAAAAGCUUGCCCAGAUGCAAGCCAAAAUUCAGGCGCAGAAAUAAAGUAUGUUCUGGGCAAGGUGACAACAGCGCAUGCGGGAAAUUUUAAUCUAGAUCGGAUGUUUGCUUUAAACUGUCUCUGGGACAAACGUGGUAGCUCCUAAUAAGUGUGUCAUUCAAGCACAAUCGGUAUUCUUAAACGAAAGCGCCCUCAUUCCAGUUUAAUGGACCAAACACAUGCACAAAUCAGCAGCAGAUCCACGAACCUCGAAACACGGGAUAUAGAUUAAUGUACUGCAACAAAUUAUUGUCACUUUUGCGUGUUGUAAGAAUUUUGACGCAUGACACAAAACAUCAAAAAUUCACCAACUCGAAUCAGUAAGAUGUGUUACUCGUUCCAUUUAUUCAUCCAAAAAAUAAUGCAUGGGAAAAUAUGAUCUUUCUCCUUCAUGAAGAUUUCAGUUAUUUGAAAAGUACAAAAUCCAUUUCAUGAAAAACGCUCCCCCUUUACUAUUUCGUCUUUCGAAUUUCUUGUUUUGAGUUUUCUUGGGAGCGUUUAAAAAAAAACAUCGUUUAGUCAUGUUCGCGUGCCAUCGUCACAGUAAAAAUUGCUCUUUAUGUGAUCAACUCUUACUAACAAGAUGUACCAAAACGAAUCUCUUAGAGGAAUGAGCAUCUUCACAUGAAACAUAAGAAAAAAAAAAUACUCCAAAUCCAAUACAUCUCCCCAAAUAGACUCCAAUCGGAAGCGAGCUGAUAUGCUGGUUCAAAUGCAGGCUGCAACAAUGAGGAAAUAGUUUUUGUGUCACCACACACUUUUCACCAUUUAGACAGUAAAAUUAAAUCCUUAAACAAAACUAAUGCAUGAGGGAAUCAUACCACAGCAAUAUAAGUAAUGCAUAAAAAAAAAAUCAUGAAAAGGUUUUUAUUUUUUGAUAGCUUUUUACGAUAAAAUUCGUGGUUAAGGUAGCAACAGCAGAAAAAAAGGAAAAA